UGUAGAUAAAUGAGCAUUGCCAAUAAAUGCAUUAUUUAAUAAUCCACAGCCAACCAAUGAACUUACCGAUAGCGUACUUGUUACCUCAACGUAUCACUACGGCAACCGUAGCAACCAAUUUGUUAAAUUUCAUUUGGAACUUUAGAAUUUUUUCACAGUCGAAAAUUCGUUUUUGGAAAUCAAAGAAAAGGAAUUUACGUUUAUAUUAACGGGCCAUAACGAUAACGCAUCUUCUUCCAAAACUAAGCCUACCAAAUAUAUUGUACUAUGAUAAAUUGUGUAUCGCGGGGCAAUGAACCUUCGAUCGAAUUGGCGAAAAUCGGGAACAAGAAACCUAUAGUGCUCUCGUCGCAACGCUACAAUAGGCUACUAAAAAAUUCCAAUCAGGUGGAUGAACUGCGAGCUCAGAAAGAAAUUGAAGAGGAACAAAAGUAUAAGGAAUACUUGAAGCAGGGCUCCGACCAGUUGGUAGCUCAUUUCAAGGGCAAUAUACAGCGAACUCAAGAUGAGAAGUUGGCCGAGAUCAAAGCGAAUAUGGAGCAGAAAAUAACAAAAAUGCAGGAGGACUUCCAUCAGACAAAAGAAAAUGAGGAACGAAAAAGGAGCGAAAAGCUGGCUAAAGCGCAAAACCUAGUCGAGCAACUGAAGCCUGGUCCCAAGCAAUUGCACUCAGCAGCUUUACAAAGCGAGGUCCUUCGAGCGCGAAACGUUCAACGGAACAUAAAUAAGGAGUUCGAAAGAGCUGUUAAAAAGCAAGAAUGUAUGGAUAAGUUAGCUUGCGAGCAACAAGCGUUAGGAUUUAUGCAAGAAGACCAGGCGCGGCAAAUGGAACGCCAACAGAACAUGAACACAUACAAAAAGGAAAUGCUUCACACAAUCAAAGAGACUGGCAAGCAGCGCAUGGAAUAUAAAAAGCAGCUCAUCAAGGAGCAACAGGACGCGCGGGAGGCAAUGGAUCAGGAAAUCAAGGCGCAAAUCGAAAAGGAGAAGGCAAUUAUGGAGAAAAAACGAGCGGCACUACGCAAAAACGCACUGGAAGCCAUGAAAAUGGUAGAGCAACGUAGAUUAAGGGAACGUAUGACCGAAGAGAUCGAAGAUCGUUUGUGUUGCGUUUACAAUCUGGCUAAAAAGGACUGGGAUGUCGUAAAAAAAGAGGAAGACCAAAAGAAAACUACGCACGAAGAGAAGAAGCAAGAGAUGCAAGCCAGAUUCUUGCGUUGCAUUCAGACUAAGACAGAAGCAACAGACGAAGAGCGUGUACGUCGUGAUAUUAGUCGCAUGCAACUGAAGUUCACGGCUGAAGAGAAGGAAAAGAUACGCAAGGACAAGGCGGCCAAACAAGCACGUAUUGAAGCUUAUAUGCACGAGCUUCAACAGCAAAAGGAGGCGAAAAGGCGCGCCGAGGAAGAGAGGCGUUACGAUGUGGCAACACGCUUUAAAAACUGCGAAGUAAAUCGGCUUUUUAAAGAAGCGCAGAAGAAAAAGCGUCUAAAUGAAAUACACGAUACACGAGCCACAUUAAAGGAACAAAUUGAGCUUAAGAAACGUAUUGAAAAUGAGGACAGACAACAAAUGCGCACCUGCGAAGAUAACAAAGACGAGCGGGAGGAUAAAUUCUUUUUCGAAUAUGCGCGCAAUCUGAUGGAGGAUGCACACAAGAAAGAUCGGCCACUCUAUCCUUUCGUUAAAGUGGUUCAAGAGUAUAAGCGCGAUCGUUUCAUCGACUGUGAACGCAAAACGCCAAAGCACCUGAUGACUCAUAUUAACAUUGGCACUGGCCAAGGAGAUGUUAAGGGUGACGGUGUAUAUUCCUCUAUUACUUCUUUGCAAAAACCUAAAUCGGUGCAUUCGAAGGCAAUCAGCCCAACACAGGCGCUAGAUGUGAGCAAAUCUGUCUCAACCGGCGAAGAAAAGUUUUCGUCAAAGACUGAGAAAAACAACAAGGAAAGUAUAUUGGAAAACUGUCUUAAGAUAUCUGAAUUGAUUGCAGCCGAUGCGAAGAAGGCCGCCAACACCAAAGAAAACUUUGACAGUCGGUUCACAGAUUGCUUGAUGCCAUGUACGCAUAUAGCCGAACUCAAAAAGGAGGACGACUGUGAAAAGUUGCUUAAACCCGGCAAAGUGCGCUAUACAAUGUUUGAAUUGAAGAAAAUGAACCAUUUCCCUUUGCCCAAGGGGCAAUAGACGCAUAGAAAGCUGUAAUAUAAUUGGUGUUCUACGAUCUGCGCCGGCCUUAAUUUUCUGAAACUUCUUUCAGUACAAUUCAAUUAUAUUCUGUUGUU